GCCCAUGCUGAAAAAAAAGAAGACUACUGGAAUUCUGUACACUGGAGUACUGCAACCAAGAUAAAUGUUUUUGGAACUGAUGGCUUCAAAAAUGUAUGACAUUGCAAAGUUGAGGAGUACAAAGAAAAAUGCAUGGUGCCUACACUGAAACAUAGUAGGGGCAGUGUCCUUCUUUGGGGCUGCAUGAGUGCUGCUGGUGUCGGGGAGCUGUAUUUCAUUGAUGGUAUCAUUAAUUCACAGAUUUACUGCUCUGUAUUGAAAGAGAAGUUUUCCAACAUGACAAUGAUCCACAACACACAUCUAAGGCCACUGUUGCAUUUCUGA